CACCGACCUCGUCCGCCUAGGGUUUUCGGCUCCUCGCUUCUCUCCUCGGCUUUUCCGGCAAUGCGGCUCCCCGUCGCCGACUCCCUCAGGCGCGGCCUCGAUCCGAUCUCGGCGCUCCCGGUGUGCUCCAGCGUACGCGUUCUCUGACUUCGGGCUCGUCGCGGGGACUCGCGGGGUUUGAAAUCUUGAAGAGGAAAAGAAGGCUGUGAAACCCUCUGACAUUUCUUCUGUUAAAAGCUUUGCAUUUCAAGGGAACUUCAUCGGAAAGACUGCCAAAGUUGUCCGUGAUUGACCUUCUGGGUCUACUGAGAGGAUUCAGUUCCAUAAGAGUAUCCUUCGAGAUGGGUUCGCUUUCCAGGACUUGCGAAAUUUCUGAGGUAAUGGAUGAGCCAACUUCUGUUCGGCAUUCUAGAGGAACUUCUGGAUUUAGUAGGGAUGAUAAAAAUGGGAAACUGGCCAUGCUCGAACUAGGAUCCAGGGAUUCUCUAGAAGAUGAUAUUAAUCAGCUCUUCGAAUCAUUUAAUCUUAGAAGUUCCUCACGGUGUAUGAGUCCUGCAAACGAGCUGGGCUCAAGUCCUCUUAGGAAGAAUGCUUUGAAAAAGCCUAUCACCGUAGGAGUGCCUCGGUCACCUGGAUUUGGUCAUUCUGAGCCUGUGUCGAUAAAGCAAGCUUUGAGAGAUGUUUGUUUGUCAAAGGCAUCAGAAAUGGCUGCCAUGAAACGAUUGUCAAAGCGUCCAUCAACUUCAGGAGUCUCUGAGGCUGGAAGGAUUAAGACAUUAUACAAUACCAAAAUUGUCGAAGUCGGUGACUUGGGACCUUCCUCACAGGAAAGGAAGGGGAGCAUGGUGGAAAUAUCUUGGGUGCCCGAAGAGGGCAGCUCAAACUAUUAUGGAAAGGUGUCUCAGCAUGUUUGGAUGCCCGAAACAUCAAAUCGCAAUGCUCAAUCUUCACUCCAACAUGUGGUUGGUGUAAUUCCUCAUGGCAUUGGCAGUAUGGAGCCUAUACUAAGUACAAACGAGGUACUUUCCGGAACAAAGAGAAAUGAAAAUCAAUCUCGAAUUGCUGAAUCCGUGGAUACAUAUGGUCAUUCGGCGUCAGCUUCUUUCACAAGCUCUUUAAAGGAUGUAUCCAGGGAUGUUCAAGUGCCCACGUUAAAAUCGUCCAAUCAGACACCUCAUUCCCCUCAAUCAAUUGCUCCAACAUUGCCUAAAGGUUCUGCUAGUAAUCUAAUGCAAAGGGAUGCUGUCAGUAGGUCAAAUAAGGUUGGAACUGAAAUAUUGAAGGUGGAGGCGUCCCAUGAGGAGGAGUGCACGCUGGAAUCAACAUCUUCUCAAAAUUCUCCUGCUCCAGGGGGUCGAAAUUUUGAGCUACAGGAUGAUGUCGCCAUCUCAGCCAAAGAAGGUAACAAAGCUUCACCAUCAAAACCGGGACGUAAAGGAAGAGUUCAGAUUUCGCCUUCAUCAUCUGGUUCAGUUAAUGGAAAGAGAGUUGGCAGAUUAGCUAGGAGUACACCUCGCGCUGGCAAACCUGUCAUAAGAAGUAAAAGCAUUGCCAAAAGGAAGUCUAAGUUGGGUGGUUCUGCUGUUGGCAACACCGAAACACAGGCCGAAACCAACAAACACACAGUUCCCAGUACAGAUCACCUAAUUUGUCAGAGAUGUCAGUGUUCUUUGGUGGGUUCAAAUAAUGAAUCUUAUCAAACUCAUGCAUCCGCCGAGGGCCCCAAUUCAAGAUCUGGAGCAACUAUAACAAACAUUGCACUGAGUGUGAGCAGGCCAGAAUUCAUUCCUGGCAUUCCCAAUGGCAGCAAAACAGAUGUGUUAAAAGAAAAAAAGACCCUGAGGCUGAGAGAUAAGGGCGAGUUUUCUCAAAGUUCAAAAAGCAGCAUGGGUGACUUAAGCAGCAGUACCACAAGCACGAGUGAUGAGAGCAAUCUCAGCAGGUCUAGUUGCAGCAACAGGCCUCACAUGUCAAAGGAUGUCAGAUGGGAAGCCAUCCGUCAUGUACGUAGACAACAUGGAGCCUUGGGGUUGAAGCAUUUCAAUCUUUUAAAGAAGCUUGGUUGUGGAGACAUUGGCACUGUUUAUCUGGCAGAAUUAAUUGGUACGAGUUGCUUGUUCGCCAUAAAGGUGAUGGAUAAUGAGUUUCUGGCAAGAAGGAAAAAAAUGCCUAGGGCUCAAACGGAGAGAGAAAUAUUGAGAAUCCUGGAUCACCCAUUUCUUCCAACUUUAUACACUCAAUUCACAUCAGAUAAUUUAUCAUGUCUAGUUAUGGAGUAUUGUCCAGGUGGAGAUUUGCAUGUCCUUAGGCAAAAACAGCCAGGAAGGCAUUUUCUUGAACCAGCAGCUAGGUUCUACGUUGCUGAAGUCCUUCUAGCCUUGGAGUAUCUGCACAUGCUUGGAAUUGUGUACCGUGACUUGAAACCAGAGAAUAUUCUUGUCCGUGAAGAUGGCCAUAUUAUGCUUACGGAUUUCGACUUGUCCCUUAGAUGCACUGUCAGUCCAACUCUCCUUCAAUCAUCCUCCAUUGCUGAACCUGCUAAGGUUUCUGGUCCAUGUACAGCAUCAAGUUGCAUUGAGCCUUUCUGUGUGGAACCGGCUUGUCGAGUUCCUUGCUUCAGCCCAAGGAUCUCACCUGCUACGGCUAAGACACGGAGGGCAAAAGCUGACAUUGAAAGCCAUGUUAGAUCAUUGCCACAGCUCGUAGCUGAGCCUACUGACGCAAGAUCCAAUUCUUUUGUCGGGACCCACGAGUACUUGGCCCCGGAAAUCAUCAAAGGGGAGGGUCAUGGAGCUGCAGUGGAUUGGUGGACGUUUGGAAUUUUUCUCUACGAGCUUCUUUAUGGUAAAACACCCUUCAAAGGUCCGGCGAAUGAAGAAACCCUAGCAAACGUGGUUUUACAGAGCCUCAAGUUCCCAGAAAUCCCAUUUGUGAGCUUCCAAGCUCAAGACCUCAUGAAAGGAUUGUUGGUAAAGGAGCCCGAGAAUCGUUUGGGAUCGGAGAAGGGGGCUGCUGAAAUUAAGCAGCAUCCCUUUUUCGAGGGCUUGAAUUGGGCUCUAAUUCGUUGUGCUGUUCCACCAGAAUUACCGGAGUCAUUUGAAUAUGGAGUUAAAGAUAUGGGGGCUCAGGAGAUGAAGAGCAAGUACCUAGAUUGUAAAGCUACGGCAGAGCAUUUGGAGUUCGAGUUGUUUUAGUGCUAAAAACUCUGGUCUGGGUUAGGCAGAGCAUUCAAACUCCUUUUGAACUUCCUGCUCCCAAAAGCUCGAGCUUUCUUCAGCUCUUGUAACUAAUGUGUAGCAGAUGACGUAAAUUGGGUCACAGAUGUUGGAAUGAUGUAAGCUUUAAAGCGUGGAAUCUCGAGGAGAGUUUAGUCGAUAAUUGCUCUUAUUCCUUUGGUGUAAAAUAUUUCGGGAAGCAGCUAUCCUCCCUGCUUGGUGGGGUGUUUCUGCGCUUACAGUUCGCUCGUCUUAUGGCUUUUUACCCCCUGGACUCCAUCUAGUGGCUUUCCAUCCAAGCUUUUGGUCAUUUAGAAAUGCAGAGACAAGCAGAGUUCAACACAUGACAGGGAAGGGAAAGUUCAAAAUAGGCACAAACCCAUGCUAUUUGCUUUUGGUCCUACUCCAUCUUGUUCAAGCCAAGAUUGCUAAGUGGACAUUGCUGGAGUUGCACAAAUCAUUCUUCUUGCUGUCAUCCUUUUCUUGCCAACUGCCCAUCAGUAGGUGCACUGGUUGGUUUCUCCACAGGCAUGUGGGACUUCACACCAAGUCAUUAUCACUGUCCAAGCACAGUUCACCCCUUCGACUCAUAGCUCGUGGUUUGGCUUGCCCAGUCUUUCUUGUAAAUCCACAAAUCCCGAAGCUAUCGUCUCGUCCGAUCAAAACCUACAGCUCCGGGGGUGUUUAUUGAGUGUCCGGAUCGCAGUACCUUUCGCUUUUUCCUGCUAAUGACAGUACUCUUGGGCGAUAAUACCGAUUGCAUUGCUACAAUUAUGUAGUAGUAGAGGAAAUGUGCAACUUAAUUAACUUUUUUUCCAGUGCAAUCUACUGAAUCUAGGCUGUUUGGAUUGGCCAUUUCUGGA